UGCAACUCUCGCGAGACAUUAUCUUGCGCUUGAUACACCUGCUUGGUUUUGAUUGAAAUUGCGUCUAUGGAUACAAGUAAAGACUCGCAUCGUGUGAUUCUCCAAGUUUGCGUCACUGAUCUACCUGGCUCUCCUCAGAAUCGACACAAUGUCCUUGGGAAUGCGUACUGCAAGCAAAUCCUGAAACGCAACUUCAACAACCAAAUCCGAGCAACAGGCUAUGAUUUUAUGCAUCUACCACCUAACUUUGACAUGGAGAAGCCGGUGCGACGAUGGUUCAUAUGCGACCUCAACGUCAACAGACGUCUUGACAAGGAGCAAGUAUUGAAGCUUCCACACAGCGUUUACUCCGUCAGUCGGCACAACAACGAGUUGAUCUUUAUUCCUAGAAACCAAUACGUCAAGACGGCAAAGGAGUACUGUACAACAUAUUACUGGGGAGGGAGGCAAGAGCAGGACAUGGCAGACACGCUGAGAGUAUCUCAAAUAUCAAACAAAGGAGAGGAAGAGACAACUUAAAACCAUUAUUUAUGCUUGCAUACAGCUGGAUGGUAUCAUGCCUCCAUGGCUGUGUGGAUAUCAUGGAGUCUCUGGUGGUGUUUCUCCUCGGCACUCUGGACAGCUCUGGUCAUCGUCAUCCUCCUGAAGAACAUGCUCACGAAUUCUUUGUGCAGGAGGGCAAAGAGCCCCCCCGGACUGUACAACUGUUUGACAUCUUGUGUGAUGUUUGAAGCGGAGAGGGUCCUCGCCGCGGCGCUCGUGUGCAGGCGCGCAACGGAACCGAGCAACAACGUCAUAGCACAUCUAUCGAGGGGUUAGUAUGUAGCCUGUAGUGGUCUGUAAAACAAACUUUUGCUGCAAGAAAAUUUCUGGCUCGAAAUCUAUCUUUUA